AUGCCCAAGGAUGCCGCAGAGCGCAACGAGUAUGACGAGAAGCUAAGAAUCUACAACAACGCGAGGGUCAGCGUCGUCCGAGAGGCGGUGCCCAGCCGCGACAGCACAGAUGUAUGCCUCGGGCAUCCUAUCAGCGACCGCGAGCCCAAGCCCUACAAUGUGAUCCAGUGCCCGAUCACCAGGAGCAAUGGCGAAGCGCUGGAGAAGCUGUGGGUUGACGCCUGGGCUAAGAUCUAG